AUGCCUUUCUCUUAGCUUGGUCUGCAAAGCAAUGUGAGCACUCCUUCCCGCUGGAGUCAGAGAGCACUCCCUGCCCUUGCACUGAAAGGCAAGGUGUGGCCAGCACAGCUCAUGUCUGCGUAAAAGAGAUUUUCAAGCCAGCCUCAGUGAUGCCAAUCUGAUGUGAUAGAGAAGAUCAAGAGAAGGAGGAAUACGAAGAUGAGGUUGGAGCAGUCCUUGCCUCUCCUGGGACUCCUACUGUGCAUGGUUGGCACCACAGCUCAGCAGGAAUUCCUGGUGGAGAUCUCCGGAACCACGGUGACAAUCAGGUGUCCCUCCAGCAAAGACCCUAUACUCUGGGAGUUAAGUGGGGUGAAACAAGACAACAAGGAGCAAAACUAUGUUAUAGAGAAUCAUGACAGCUCUCCUGUCAAUGUGAGUUGUUCAGCAGGUGGAGAGAAGUAUGAAAUGUACCUGAACGCCAGAGUGUGUGCAAACUGCGAGGAGCUGGAUGCCUUGGCAGUGACAGGGAUCAUCACUGCAGAUCUUCUCAUCACCUUCGGGGUGCUGAUUCUGGUCUAUUACUUCAGCAAAGACAGGAAGGGGAGAGCGAGUGCUAGUGCUGGCAGUCGGCCACGAGGUCAGAAGAUGCAGCGUCCUCCCCCUGUUCCAAACCCAGACUAUGAGGUAUGGAGAACCUACAUUUUUUUUUCAUCUCUCUUUGCUGGCUGGGGAGGCGUAGCCAGAGCCGGGAAUCUGUAGCACUUACCCUUUUUGCUCCUUUGAAGAAGCAUCCAGUCAACCUCCAGGCUUUCCCAGGAGUGGAGGAAAAAGGUGGUGAGGGUGGAGCCCCUUCUGCUGGUGCUGACACAAGGAGUUGGGAGCAGAACUGCAGCUUCUGGUGCAGGCUACCAGAGCAGCACUACGCCUGCUCCCUCUGUUGUGGUUUUCUCUGCCUAUUGUGUGGACCAAGACUCUGGUGGUGUUUUGAGGGUGUGUUAAUAAGGAUUCCCUAACUAACAUCUCUGCUCUUCCCACAGCCCAUCCGGAAAGGCCAGCGGGAAGUGUAUGCAGGCCUGGAAUCCAGGGGCUUCUGAAAUUCCUGCGGAUGACAGGCUGGGAAACAGCAGCAGAGGGGCUAAGUGCUUCUGCCCAGCUCAGUACCGGUUCUCUGCAGGCCUGCUGAGGCCCAGGCAUUUUGGGGUAAGCCAGGCAGCUACACGGGACAGGCACCCUGCUGCCAUCCGCCGUCCCACCCCGACAUCUUCCUUUGGCCUUCGUUUUGACAUUAGGGACAAGAAACAAAUGAGCACAUUGGCAAGAGAAGUUUUCCUUCUCAUUAAAGAACUGCAGCCUCACCCGUGGUUCCUGGCCUCCUUUUCCCUCACACUUCUCUCUCUGCUCCAGUUGCAUGCCCAGGUUUUCCCUCCCAUUUAAUUUCCGCUCUGAGUGCCUCCACUUGCUCCCCAUGCCUGUGUAGCUCGUGGGCAAAAAGCAGGUCCUUCCCAGAGUGAAUGGCCUCUGACCUUGUCCUGCUCUGAUGUUAAUAGCCUACCUUCCUUUUGCUGCCCAGGACUGUAACAGAGGCAGUCAGCACAUUAAAACCCAAACGGUACAUUUUCAUAGAAAAGCCAAGCUUCAAGGUUUGAAUGAAAAUAUUUCAGCAGUUUUCCUUUAUAAAAAUAAGAAGCACUCCUACCAGUACAUGCAGCCCGACCUGUCCAUCUCUAGUCCUUCUUCUGUAGGAACUGAGUGGGGCUGAGUACCACUUUGCAACCAGUGACCUUUAUGUUUCAUACCUUCAGCAGAGCAUCCUCAUAGGGUCAUGUGAGGAUUGGGCACCUUCCCAAGCCAUCUGAAAGCCUCCUGUUAGGAAAUAUAGGUGCUUGGCUUAAAUCUUUGUUGCUGUUAAAUAGCGGGGCUCUUUUAGAUAUUUCAGCUAAGAUUUGGACCGCUACUUAGCAAGGAACAUCAGCUUUGCAGUCUGCCUGAGACAGCACAAUAGGGAUUUUCAUGUUUCCCAGAUUGGAACACAGACCCUUUGGCUCAGCCCAAGGACUAGCACUCUUGCUCUGAAACAGCUUAUUUGCUGGAAUCGAAAUGAAUGCAUUGGGGCUACAGAGAUAAAGCCCAGGACCUACAAAAUCCAAGAGAGCAUCAAACUCUUUUGCUAGGCUGUCCUUCUUGUCCCAGAGACUUCAUGGACUCCAUUUUUACUGAUAUUCUAUAGUGUAGUCUAGGAUAAACACAUUUCUUUGAGUGUGUUGUACCCUAAGGGGUGUACAAGUACAUUUGCUGGUGGAGUUUCAUUUUCCAGUGCUAUCGGUCUUAGAGAUUCUUGUGAUUUGUCCUUUGCUGCUGCCCUUUCUCUCCCCAUUUCAGCUCUGUAACCUGAAUUCUGUCUGGGUUGUGUUAGAAAGAUGGUGGGCUUCUUUGCCAUUGGUAAAGAUCCGUUUUAACAUUUUACAUAAAAAAGUAUAAAAAUUUUAUGUAUGACAUUUAAAAACUGUAGGAUAUUAAUAAAAUAGGAGACAGCACCACCAGGUAUGCAUUGGAAAAGA